GGGGAGCGUCACGCUUUCGCGCACGUGUUUUGUACAAAAUGGAGGUAGAUAUCGAUAUUGAUAAAUUAAUAGUGGAAGUUCAAAAACACCCAGCUAUAUGGAACUCGAAAUCCGCUGAAUAUAACGACAGAUUUGAGAAAAUAAAACAAUGGGAGGCAGUAGUGAACUCAUUGAUAGAUCCGUACCUAUCGAUCGAAGAAAAGAAAGUAUUAGGACAUAUUGUACAAAAAAGAUGGAGGACGAUUCGGGACGCUUUUGUUAAACAGCGAAGAGAACUAGCUCAAGCUGCAGAGGCCGGCAAAACUAUCCCUAACAAAAAAAUUUACAAAUACUACAAACAACUUAUGUUUCUUAUACCUAUAGUGGGAUGUAAUACUAGUACAUCGACUACUGAAUCAGUUCAAGAAAACGUGAUUCACAUAGACAUAGACGCAGAAGAUGUGCCACAAAGCAGCAGCAGUGUCCAAUCCCCCGCGUCACCUCCAGCAAAAAAGAUUAAAAAUGCUGACAAAAUUGAACGCGAACUUGCAAAUGUUCUUAAAUGUACACUAGCGCAAAAGUAUGGGGAGAAUGAUCCUGAUCGUCAGUUUAUGUUGUCGUUGGUAGAAGAUUUAAAAAUGGUACCUCCGAGAUUAAAGUCGCAAGUGAAGAUGAAUAUACUGAAAUGUAUCAUGGAAGCCCAGAGAGAAGAAGAAGUGGCGAGGGAGCAAAUUCAUCAAGAGGAAUACACAAUAAUUAGUUUACCUGAUAAUGUAAAACAUGAAGCAUAAUAUUAUAAUAUCAUUAUUAUUAAAAAAUACGUGUGGUG